AUGAAAUUGUCGACUUUUCUUCCCGGAGCCCUGGCUGCUGUUGCCAAUGCACACGCAAUCUUUCAGCGCGUGUCUGUCAACGGCCAGGACCAGGGCUUGAUGACUGGUGUGCGUACGCCGACCUCGAACAAUCCUAUCCAGAAUGUGCAGGAUUCCAACUUUGCCUGCAACUCCGGAUUCUCCUCUCCCGUCUCCUCUACUGUCAUCAGCGUCCCCGCCGGCGCAGAAGUUGGUGCCCAGUACCAGCACCUCAUAGGCGGUCCUCAAGGGCCAAACGACGCGGACAACCCGAUAGCUGCAAGCCACAAGGGACCUGUCAUUGUUUAUCUUGCCAAAGUAGACAACGCGGCAACGGCUGGCCCAAACGGCCUCGAGUGGUUCAAGAUCUACGAGGAAGGUUUGAGCAAUGGCCACUGGGGCGUGGACACGCUGCUCGAGAACAACGGAUGGACCACCUUCACUAUGCCAGCAUGUGUCCCCUCUGGCCAAUACCUCAUGCGCGUCGAGGUGAUUGCCCUGCACAGUGCCUAUAGCCAAGGCCAGGCCCAAUUCUACAUGUCGUGCGCCCAGAUCAACGUUACCGGUGGCGGCUCUAAGACUAGCCAAACAGUCGCCUUCCCUGGCGGCUACAGUGCCAGUGACCCCGGCAUCCUCAUCAACAUCUACGGCAGCACUAGCCAGCCCGACAACGACGGAAAGGCGUACCAGAUCCCUGGGCCACCUGUUUUGACCUGCUAG